AUACUAUACAGCCCCACCUGUUAGCUUUGAAACUUCUUAAACUUGAUGUAAAGUAAGCCCCAAACUCAUUCUCUGGAUUGUUAACUUUUUGGUAAAACGUUCCCAGACAGUCUGUUUCCAGCAUGCAUUCUCCUCUUCCAGAAAUACAUCUGUUGGGAGCCCUCAGGGUACAUGUCUCUCGCCUGUAAUCUUCACCCUCUAUACCAACGACUGUCGUGGCACUGAUUCGUCCCUUUUGAUAAAAUACUCUGAUGACACUGCUCUCCUAAACCUCUCAAACUCACACUCUGCCUAUGUUGAUGCAGUAGAUAAAUUUAAUAAAUGGUGCAAAGAAAACUAUCUUGAUCUAAAUGUAAAGAAAACAAAAGAGCUGCAUGGUGAUUGAUUUCAGACGCAAGAUCACUGUUAUCCCUGACCUAUUCAUUGAUGGUGCCAGGGUUGAAUGUGUUGAACAGUACAAAUAUCUAGGAACUGUGAUUGACGACAAACUCACUUUUAACACCAACACAAUAAAAUUGUGAUCAGAACUAAUUUAUGGGUAGAGAAUGGUCAGAUUAUGGGUCAUGUUAUACAGCCACCCCUGUCAUGGAAUGUGGUCGAUCCUGUUCGCCUGAAACCUUUGUUCAUUAUCACAGUAAGGGACAAUGAAUGUGUUGUUCUGUGUAGACAAGGCUGCAGUGCUCAGAUCAAGAUAUUGCUUGCUUGGUUAGAAGAGGAGUCAGAAUCUUUACGGGGAAAUUUUGAUCAACGGAUGCUCAGACAUUUACUCCAAGGGAAUGUUAGCUUCCUACACAGGAUAUACAACCUUGCUGAGCAGACUCGUUACUGUUACACCUGGUAUAUUCAAGGGGACUUAUGGUUCUCAUGGGCUGGAGUUCAUACAAAUCACUCUGAGGAUGGAUACACACUCCUGGGGAACAAACUGACAGGAGAUCCAAAUGUUCCUGCAGGAGAAACAAGUUUGUAUAUUGAUCUCAGGCAGCCCAUACGUCUGACAACAGAUGAGCAAAGAAAUAUUGACAUUUUGAAGAGUGUUACUGCUCCUAUUCUUCCUCAUCCAUUUCUAUUUGACCCUAGCGAGGUCCAACCCUUUUUCCUGUGCACUGACUUACUUGAGAGGGAGGCUCCAGGUGACCUCCCAAGGACAUGCAAAGCUAGGUAAAUUAGUUGUUUCAUUGAGUUGACUUGCUAAAGUGUUUA